UCAAACAACUGUUUUUGGACAACUCAUCAUCUUUUUUUCUUUCUCCAAAUAUAAAUAUCUCUCUUCCUAAAGACAUAAAUUCACACAACAACAAUCCUCAUAAAGAGAGUUAAAAACACACACAACAAUCCUCUCAAUCCAAAAGCCAAUUCAAUCAAAAGAUGAAUCACUUCGCCGGAGCUCUCUUCCUCUGCACCGUUCUCCUCUCCUCCGUCGCCGGAAAUGCAGAUUCCGCUAUGAUCUCCGAUCUAUGCAAACGCUCCGACGAUCCAAAACUCUGUCUCUCCAGCAUUACUUCACGGCCCGAGUCAGGCGAAUUCGCAGACACCAGCAACCAGAUCGAGAUCAUUGCUAUCUCCGCCGCGUCCGCCAAUGCUUCCUCCACCUCUGCCUACAUCAAGAAUAAGCUAGGUAACGAAGGUCUUGAGCCAGCGAUCGAGGACACGCUAGAGGACUGUCAGAAGAAUUACCAAGACGCCGUGGAGCAGCUCGACGACUCCAUCUCAGCGAUGCUCGCCAACGCGCACGCGGAUGUCGACGUCUGGCUGAACGCCGCGAUCAGCGCCAUCGAGUCAUGUGGAAACGCAUUGGAGUCACGCGCCGGGGACGAUGCGGAGCUUUUCCAGAGGAACGAGCUUUUCCUUAAGCUGUGCAAAAACGCUUUGAUGAUCAACAAAAUGUUAACCUCAUAGAAAUCAAUCCCCAAAAUUUAAAUAUAAUGUGUAACAUUUGAUUUAACUGAUUGUUGUUUUGUUUGAGGUAAAAUGAGAUUAUUAUAAAGUCAAAGAUAACAAAAACAAUGAGAAGUUUUAAUAUCAAAUAAAUUUUUAACAAUGUUGAAGAACGGCCCAACUCGAGAGUCUCUCUUGGGUCCAAAUAGUUAAA